UUUUUUCUUCAAAAAAAUGUACUUUCUAUUCCAGGUUUCGGCAUGACGACUCCGAGGACAGUUCCGGGAAAAGUCGUCUUAGUCUUCUACGGAUUCUUCGGCUGCGCGGGCGCCAUCCUCUUCUUCAACUUGUUCCUGGAGAGAAUCAUCACGUUCUUAGCCUACAUCCUGCGCGCCAUCCACGAGAGGGGGCUGAGGAAGAAGGGGAUGCUCAGCAGACGAAGGUCCAGCCAGGGCUCCGAGGACGAACAGCUGGACUCGUGGAAGCCGUCCGUCUACUGGGUCAUGCUGAUCCUGAUGCUGGGCGCCCUCACGGUGGCGUUCAUCGCCUCGGGGAUGUACUUCCCCGUGGAGGAGUGGACCUACUGGGAGGCGAUGUACUUCUGCUUCGUCGCGUUCGCCACCAUCGGCUUCGGGGACUACGUGGUGAGCCAGAAGGCGGAUUACCCGAACGUGGUGCUGUACCGGCUCGGGAACUUCGUGUUCAUCGUCCUGGGCUGCUGCUGCAUCUACAGCCUGUUCAACGUCACCUCCAUCGUCAUCAAACAGGUGCUGAACUGGAUGCUGAGGAAGCUCAACUGCGAAUGCCGGAUACGAAAGCCGCCCCUGGUACGGCGGAACGCGAUCACCCCGGGGCACCUUCAGAAGGGCGCCGCGCCUGGGGCGGCGGCGGGCGGGAAAGCACCGACCGUGACCGUCACGGACGCCGACGGGGACAGCGACUCCGAGUACCGGCGUAACUCCGGGGAGAUGAUAUCGAUGAAAGACUUCCUUCAGGCCAACAAGAUCAGCCUGGCCAUGAUGCAGAAGCAGCUGUGGGAGACGUCGCAGAGGGCGGGCUCGUACCACAACAACAACAGCGGCGGCUUCCAGGGAGGGGUCGGGCCGCUGGCCAUUCUCAACAGAAAACUAGGCCAGGACGAAUACGACCCCACCAUAUAA